AUGGCAUUGAGAUAUCAUACUUCAAAGUUGGAAGACUUUGGAGAAUUGAGUAAAGUAGAAACAUAUGGAUUUAGAGGCGAAGCCCUCAAUUCAAUCUGUGCUGUAUCCGAGUCUACGCAAAUAAUUACAAAAACUUCUAAAGACCCAGUAGCCAUAAGUUAUUCGCUUGAUCGAACGGGAAAAAUUGUAGAUUCAAAACCAGUUGGGAUUACUCAAGGGACAACUGUAGUGGUUACAAUGCUGUUUUCGCACGUGCCUGUUCGUAGACAAACUGCUCAAAGGAAUUCGGCAAAAGUCGGGAAAGCAGUACAAAAUAUUUUGACAACUUAUGCCCUUGCUCAUCCACAUAUUCGUUUUUUUCUAAAACUAAUAUAUGAUAAUGCUACAAAGUUAAAUUUCAAGGCUGGUGAAUGGAUUCUUCCAUCAAUGAAAAGUCCGAUGCAAUUAUUAAAUGAACUUUAUGGUGUUGAGUUCACCAACAAUGUUGAAUUUGUUGUUUGGGACUCAGAUAAAGAGAAUUCUUUAGAAAUAGAAAAUGAGAAUUAUGACAUAUUAGAUGGAACAAAUAGUAUAAAAAGUAGAAUUGUAAUUGAAGCCAUAUUACCCAAGCCAGAUGCGAAACCACAUAUUAUUUUUAAGAAUGGUCAAAGUUUCAUUUAUCUUAACAAUCGACCCGUGAUUGCAACCAGAGGGGAAAUAAAAAAUAUUGUAUCUAUGGUAAAAUCAACUUACACAGAUAUCGCGUGUAAGCAUGGUUGGACUGCAAAUAAAAAGACUCCAUUUAUGUGGAUUAAUAUUAAAUUACCAACUUAUGACUAUGAUAUUAAUGUUGAACCCAGCAAAAAUGUCGCAUUUUUUCAUCAAGGAGAACGAAUUUUAAGUGCGGUUGAAAACUUGUUGAUUAAUGUAUAUGGUAGCUGCCAGAAUAUGUCAUCAGAAAAAGAGUAUAGCGUUGAGAAGAUUUCAAAAGCUGGUUUGACAGAUUUACCCAGUAAUUUAUCACCAAUUUCUUCAGAGUUACUAUAUUUAUCAUCUAACGAACCAUCAUUUAUUGGUGAUAUAGUAGCUGGUUCAUCAUCCAUUUAUCAACGAUCACCAGAAACAAUGACACAAAAUGAUCCAGAAUUAGUUAUCUUAGAUACAGAUGAUUUGAACGAGUCGUUAUCGGAGAGUCAUCUUAUUGAUUUUGAUAAAAACAAGGGAAAAAUGACGGAUCGUGGGUCAUUAACAUCACAAGUGUCUGAUCAGGUUACGAAGAAAAAAGUAAAUAAAGAAAAAAGAAACGAUGUCAAAGUAUGUCAGUCACUUAAAGAAUGGUACCAGAACGCGCAAAGCUCAGAUGUUCCAACUACGCUUUCUAUUGUUGGUCCAUCGAGUACACCACUAAGUACGAAUAAUUUGCAAUAUAAGGACCGCAAAGGCUCAAAAAAUACAAUGUCAUCACAAAAUGAUUUAGAAAUAUUGCCACAAGAUUCUAUAAGCAAUAUUGAUGAUGAACAUGAUUUUAACAGCGAAUUCCAAUUUCAAAAUAACAAAAGUAAUGAAAAUUCCAAUCAGGGAAAGCAAUCAAGUAUUACGGAUUUUAUAGAUAUCUCGAGCGAUAAAAGGAAUAAUGUUAAUUCCACUGCUCACAAUCGAGGAUCCGUACGUAAACUUUCAGCGUUGGAUGAUGAUGCAGAAAGAAUUAGGUACAAUAUGCAAGAACAAUUUAAUAAUGAAAUUUCAGAUGACGUUUAUCAUGAAGAUGAGAAUUAUGCACGCAAACGCACAAGGACUGAUGACUCUGAAGAUAUAGAGACAUCUAUUAAUACAAUCGAUUCUUCAUCUUCGUCAUACAUAAAUGAAACUCAAACGGAGCUUGAGAAUAACCUUGAAUCAAUCUCUACGGAUAUUGUAAAUACUUAUGAACCAAAAGCAUCCGAAUAUACAGAUACUGUAAAUGUUUAUAAGCCAGCAGCAUCCUACACAAACGCUCCAGAGAAAAUAACAAUCGAGUCCGAAGAUGAUACAAAUACUUCUGAACAAUUGCGACACGAACCAAUGAGAUCAAAAAUAUCACCAAAAAAACAACAAACAUUGCCAAAACAAGAGUCAGGGGUUAGAACUAUUGUAAUCGGACAACCUACUAUUGAUGAUCUUCUUAGGUCGAAGAGUGCAGUCAAUGUUCCUAUAAAUGAUGAUUUUAAUAAAUCUCAAGAAUCAUCAAAACGUAAGGCAGUCCAAGAUGCUCGCAAAGCAUUGGGAUCUACUGAUACAUUAAAUCAAGGAUUAAAAUUGAUGUUUGACAAACAAAAUAUUUGCCACAAGAAAAAGUCUUUGCAACCAUUUGUUAACCUUGACGUUUCAUCUUCAAUCACUUGUUUAAGUAAAAUGGAUUGUGGGUUAUGGGCUUUGUCAAGGAAAUUAAAUAACAACAGUGUGAAUUUAUUGAUUGUACACGGGGAAAGGAUACGUGAAUUGGCUACUUUGCAAACUUUGGUAACUUCAACAGAGUUACUUCCAACGAGAAAAUUAUCAACACCUAUUGAUAUGAAAUUAGAGCUUCUUGGGUCCGAUUGCAUAAUACCGUAUUUAAAAUCACUUUCAUAUGACCAAAUACCCGAUGAAAAUGGAGCAGGUGUUUGGUGGAAUAUGGUCAAUCAAAAAUGUAUUACUGCUAACGGGGUAAAAGUACGAUGGAGGGAAGAUGAUGAUAAUACUUACGUACAGAUAACUCAUAUAUCCCCUCUUAUAUUGUUUGCAUCAGCUGUAGAUUAUUUUUCAAAUUUGAUGCAACAUCUUGCUACCAAUAAUAGCGGAUCAAAAGAUGUUUCAUUAGCGUCUACAAGAUCAUGGCAGACCCUGAAGAUCCUUGCAGGGGAAGCAAAACAAUUAGUUAGGCAGGAGGAUGCAAAAGUCAUGAAACGAGAUAAUGAAAUGUGGUAUAGAAUCAAAGAACAUAUUGUAUUGUUAUUACGAAGAAUGCCAAACUUUGGAAAUGGAAUAUCAUACGUCGAUUUUAAUGAUCGUGAACCGCCCCUUGUGAUGGUUGAAAGAAAGAAUGAUGAUGAGAUUUGGUAUAAUGGUCAAAUAGUCGUUAAAUUGUUGUGGAA